UAACAUUGAAAACAAGCUAUUUCCAUUCUCUUUCUUUCUCCAAAUACACUAAACAAAAAGUUGCAAGACAUGGGUUCUUUAGUGGGGCAUGUUUUGCCAGGUUUGGCCUUCUUUUUACUUGGUUUUUGGCAUCUCUUCAACCAUAUCAAGCUCCAUUCUCUCCACCCAAAUUCCUACACAUCCUCCUCAUGGUUCCCCGCACCAAAAUUAAGGUACCUAGAGCUGUUCAUAAUCAUGGCGGCCUCCUCCAUCACCGCCUCCAUGGAGCUCUUCAUCGGCCCUGCAAUGCACGGCUACCGACCUAUCGGUCCCGAUGGAACCAUCCCAUCGAACCGUCUCCGCAACUUCGAGCACUCUGUCAUAUCAAUGACCUUUUUUACUUACGCAGCUUUUGCUAUCCUGCUUGAUAAAGUUUGCCCCAAAGCUACGUAUUGCCUAUCACAAUUCGUUGCAGCCGUAGCCUUCGCGCAGCAGUUGCUCCUCUUCCACUUCCAUUCGGCCGAUCACAUGGGGCUGGAGGGUCACUAUCACUUGCUUCUGCAGAGUGCAAUCGUUGUUUCGUUAACCACCACGCUCCUUGCGAUUGGGUUUCCUGAUAGCUUCAUGGUCAGCUUUAUGAGGUCCAUCAGUGUUUUGUAUCAAGGUGUUUGGCUCGUGCUCAUGGGAUACAUGAUGUGGACUCCGGCGUUGGUUCCCAAAGGCUGCUUCCUUCACUUUGAAGAUGGUCAUCAGAUUGUUAGCUGCUCAAGCGACGAGGCACUGCACCGAGCUAAAUCAUUAGUAAAUAUUCUGUUCAGCUGGACCUUGAUUGUGGUCACCAUUUUCACGAUGACUCUCUACUUGGUUUUGGCUAAAUUAUAUGGACAAAAAGUUGAGUAUUCAAAGCUGAGAAAGGAACAAGACCUUCCAUUGGAACUGGAAGAAGAAUAUGAUGAUUUUGAGUCUCCCAAGGAGAGAGAGCUUUAUGCAGUUAUGGGGAUUGAAAGAUAGA